CGUGGAGUCAUUAAAGCGUAAAGUAGCCCAACAAGAGAAAUGUCGCAAAACAAAACGUACCUGACAAAAUGAAAAAAAGAGAUUAAAAAAAUAAAUGAACGCGUGUGUAUGACAGUAAACUGACGUAAAGACACUGAAACAUCAGUCACAUUAACUCUUUUGAUCGCUUUUUGUUCUGAGGAGGAAAUCAGCCGUGACCUCGUGUUCCGUUUCCUUCCUGAACAAACAAACCGAGGCUUUUUCUCUCGUUUGUGGAAAAGUUUGUCCGCACACACACACACGUGCGUGCACGAGCGAGCACGCGCCACGUGCGUGCACAGCCGGCUGUUUAAACAGGAAGGGGUGGCACGGAGGAGGAGCCGCUGCCUCUUUCCAAGUUUUUUGUUUUGCCCGGCCCAGCGCCUCGUCUUCCCCGCACUUCCACCAACACUAACCUGGUAAACACCUCUGCCCCGACGCGUCAACCAAACGCCACCAAAAACCCCUAAAAUGUACCGGUACCUCGGCGAGCUGCUCACCCGGGGAGCGGGCAGCGUCCUGGCCUCGGGCUGCGCCGAGUCGGCGCUCCCGGCUUCCGCGUCGCUGCUGCGGCACCGCGGCUACAGCCAGGCCGUGGACCGGGACGAUGACCCCAACUUCUUCAACAUGGUGGAGGGCUUCUUCGACCGGGGGUCCGCUAUCGUGGAGGAUCAGCUGGUGGAGGACCUGAGGAACCGGGAGACCCCCGAGCAGAAGAGGCACCGGGUCCGCGGCAUCCUGAAGAUCAUCAAGCCGUGCAACCACGUCCUGAGCGUCUGCUUCCCCAUCAAGAGGGACAACGGAGAGUGGGAGGUGAUAGAGGGAUACCGGGCUCAGCACAGCCAGCACAGGACGCCCUGCAAGGGAGGUAUCCGGUACAGUACAGAAGUGUCUGUAGAUGAGGUGAAAGCUCUGGCCUCGCUGAUGACCUACAAGUGUGCUGUCGUCGACGUGCCGUUUGGUGGAGCCAAAGCUGGAGUGAAGAUCAACCCGAGGAAAUAUUCGGACAACGAGUUGGAGAAAAUCACCAGGAGGUUCACCAUCGAGCUCGCCAAGAAAGGCUUCAUCGGUCCCGGGAUCGACGUUCCCGCUCCCGACAUGAGCACCGGAGAGAGGGAGAUGUCCUGGAUCGCCGACACCUACGCCACCACCAUGGGACACCAUGACAUCAACGCUCACGCCUGCGUCACCGGGAAACCCAUCAGCCAGGGAGGAAUCCACGGCCGCAUCUCCGCCACCGGCCGAGGAGUUUUCCACGGCAUCGAGAACUUCAUCAACGAGGCCGCCUACAUGAGCCAGCUGGGCAUGUGCCCCGGCUUCCAGGACAAGACCUUCGUCAUCCAGGGUUUCGGUAACGUGGGUCUCCACACGAUGCGCUACCUGCACCGCUUCGGGGCCAAGUGCGUGGGCAUCGGCGAGGUGGACGGGAGCAUCUGGAACCCCAGCGGCAUCGACCCCAAAGAGCUGGAGGACUACAAACUGGCCAACGGCACCAUCGUCGGUUUCCCGAACUCGACGCCGUACGAGGAGAACAUCCUGGAGGCCGACUGCGACAUCCUGAUUCCUGCCGCCAGCGAGAAGCAGCUGACCAAGGCCAACGCCCACAAGAUCAGGGCCAAGAUCAUCGCCGAGGGAGCGAACGGGCCGACGACGCCCGACGCCGACCGCAUCUUCCUGGAGAGAAACAUCAUGGUGAUCCCGGACUUGUACCUGAACGCCGGCGGCGUGACCGUCUCCUACUUCGAGUGGCUGAAGAACCUGAACCACGUGAGCUACGGCCGCCUCACCUUCAAAUACGAGAGGGAUUCAAACUACCACCUCCUCAUGUCUGUGCAGGAGAGUCUAGAGAGGAAGUUUGGGAAACACGGCGGUUCGAUUCCCAUCGUGCCAACAUCUGAGUUCCAGGCCCGGGUCGCUGGAGCGUCUGAGAAGGACAUCGUGCACUCAGGACUCGCCUACACCAUGGAGCGCUCUGCCAGGCAAAUCAUGCGAACAGCCAAUAAGUACAACCUGGGUUUGGACCUGCGGACGGCGGCGUACGUCAACGCCAUCGAGAAGGUCUUCAAGGUCUACAACGAGGCCGGUCUCACCUUCACAUAGACAGACAGACAGACAGGCAGGCAGACAGACAGAGAGACAGACAGACAGGCGUCCAUCACUCUGUCUGCCUGCUCCCCGUCCCCCAUCCCUCCCCCCUCCUCCUCCUCCUUCCUCCUCGACCUUUCUUGACCUCUGUAGGAAUUUCUCUCAGCCUCUAAAGCCUUCACACAGCGUAUCCAAAGUUUACAGUUUUGCACAAGAACACGUAAAAAAGAAAGAAAAAAAAAGAAAUGAGUGGAAAACACGAGCAGAAAAGCGAGCACGCGAAGACGCCCCCCCCCCCGCGGGUCUCCGUGCGCGUCGUCACUUCUUCUUAAAAUGGAAAGAUUGUUGUUUUUGUCAUUCCUUCUCCUCCAUAAAGCUGUUCCUGUUAUCUUCUUCUCAAGGGAGCUGAAAAAAAAAAACAAAAACCAAAAAAAAAAAAAAAAAAAAAAACGCCAAAACUCUUGGGUUGGACAGCUUUCGCCCUCGCUCCCUCGCCGCGCUGCUUCCCGGUGAUCACCGAGCGCCUGAGCGCCCCCUGCAGCAUCUACCCAGACGCAGAGUCGCACUCAUCACUUACAGGUGCAUAUUAAUGAUGAAUCAGAUGAAACACAAAGCCUUAACGCCUGGGGGUUCUCCCAAGGCUCAGUGUUGGUCUGCAGCACACUGAGACAAAUACAUAAAUAUAUAUAUAUAUUCUAUAGGUCACAAUACGAGAGCUUGUAUAGUUAUUUUUUCUUUUUAUAUAACGGAUAAAGGAGUGCACUCGUGCCUCGCUUUGAUUCAGGACUGUCUCUUUAAAUAGAAACGCCGGCCGCCGUAGGGCCGCCAUUUUGGUGCACGCACAAAGCCGACUGACUUUAGCUGUUACUUGUUUGGACGUUCGGCGAUGAGUUCCCACGUUCCUCAGCGGGUUCCCUGCUUUCUAACUCCAGGUUCUUCGGGUGAAUUUGGGUUUGGCUCUAAAUUUGGUUCCAAAUUAAAGAAGUAUUCCAACAUUUUGGGUAAAAUCUCCUUUUCCCGACUUUUCCCCAGACUGAGACCAGAUGUUGGACACCGUCUCCACCUCUGGACGUCCACUGGUUCAGUCCCUAUGGGUAGCAUCGCCUGUUAGCUUAGCACAAAGACUUGAAGUCUAUGGGAGUCGUUAGCCUGGAUCAUCAGGUUCAGAGGCCUCAUGCAGAGCUCGCCUCACCGACGCUGCGUUCACCUCAGCAGCAGAACACACACCAACGUCACAAAGUUAAAGUCUUAACUGUUCAUUUAAGAAAAUAUUUUUACGACAGGCAGAGGCGGUUUAUUGGUUAAGAAAAUAAUAAUUCCUGAUACAAACAGCAUUCAGUCUGGAUUUAUUUGCAUUUAACGGCCGCCAGUUUCAUCAUUCACCUCUGAGUCGGAUUUAUCUGGACCUUCAGAAAAAUACAAAAUGCUUGUUGUUGUGUUCAGCGGUUGCGAUAAACACCAGGUGAGAUGAGCGCGGCGUCACCGGGCGCCGACCGCUUAAAUCCCAAUCAACAGGAAGUGGACUUGGACCCAGAGUCUCCCCUCAGAGUUUCCCCGGCGUCAGAAACGGGUUCUGAAGCGACGAAGACGCGACGUGACCUUCAGGGACGUUUGGAAAAGGGACAGAUUUUUAUGUAGCGAAAAAUUAAAAAAAAGGAACAAAACAAAACAAAAAAAGCUGUCGCCGGCGUUCCUGUAUGUCCCGCCCACCGCAGUCCGUUUGGACCAAUCAGAACUGGGGGCGGAGCAGCGGCGUGGUCUCUCUGGGCCGCGUUGCCAGACUUCAUCGCUUCAGAUCGCCGUUUUGUUUCCUGAGCGCCGCGUGUCGAAUAAUCCACAGAUAAUCUGGAUUGGUUGCUCUGCUUCAUCUCUCAGGGCGGGCAGGUGGGGGCGGGGUGGGGGGGCGGUGUGGAGGGGUGGGGGAGGGGGUUUGUUUUAGGAAUGUGGGAACAAAAAGGAGUAAAAUGUUUAUUUUCUUUAUAUCAGCCUUGAUUUAAACUGUUUUUGGAUUCUAUGUCAGAGUUUUUACUGCCUUUUCGUUAAAGCGAAUCAAACUACCAAAAACAAAACAAAUAAAAACAAACAAACAAA